CUCCACAUUAUUGCUUUUUAUUUGAAAAAUAACGUGGUGCUUUGUCCCAAAUGCACAAAUUCUCUGCUAUGUAGAAUGGAAAGUUAAAAGGGCUUCACUUUGGUGACUUAGAUCACUAGAUAAGAGGUUAACUAGAUCAUGCCCACUCUGGUGUUAAAAGUAAGUCAGACAUUUCCACUGUUGGGUGUGUUUGUUGGUGCACAGAAAAUAACAUGUAGUCAUGCAUACACAACUGUGCAGUUGUGUUAGAUGGUUCUGGUGGUAGUGUAGUAUUACACAUCUAUUAAUAGGUAUCUCUCUCUUGACUGUCUAAGCUGUGUUCUUAUUCACUCUAAUGAUCCAUGCGGAGUUUUAAACAUUUUUUUUUAUCUUUAUGGCCUUUACAGGCUUCUCUGCAAAUAAAGAAAGGCUGAACAAGAUCUUGGAAUCUUCUGUGCUCCCACCAUCCCUUUCUCUAACUCUGCCCCACACAGAAGGGCACAGAGGCGGAUCAGAAGCUGACAUUUCCUAAAGCUUUACACACACACACACACACACACACACACACACGCACGCACACACACACACACACACACACUCACACACUCACUCACUCCCAGUCCAGCAGAAGAGUAACUCUUGAAGGGGUCGCCGUGCCAAGCCAGUUCUCUGAGCUCAGAAAUACACACGUGCACAAAUGCUCCCACACACACACACUUGUGGGUGCUACUAUAUUAAGAUGUUAUUUUAAAAAAAAACCCUCAAUCUUCUACUGGAAUCUUUCUGUGUUACAUAAAUCCAGGAAUGGACUUCACUGGCAUUGUCAAGAUUAUCUGAAGGGCACUGCUGUGGUCAGCCCUGCUGAGAGAAUUUGACAUAAUACACCGUUUCUGAAAUUGAACACUAUACAGAGAAGCUGAGUGUGUGAGAUCAUGUCUCCGUUUCUGAGGAUUGGCUUCUCCAGCUUUGAGAUGGACCCGGGACUCGCUUACCAUGAAGAGGUGCUCAGCCCUUAUUGUGCUGUCUACAUGAAGGAGGCUGUGGAGACAGAAAAGGGUCAGGUGUAUAAACAGAAGCGUCCCACUAUGUACCCUCCAUGGAGCAGCACGUUCGAUGCCCAUGUUCACAGAGGGAGAGUGAUGCAUGUAGUGGUGAAAGAUAAAACAGCUGAGUUGAAGACAGAGGCUACGGUGCAGCUGGACACACUCGCUUCCCGUUGCAAAAAAGAGAAUGGCAAGCUUGAGAUCUGGGUGGAGCUAAAGCCACAGGGUCGUCUGUUGAUGGAAGCGCGUUAUUUCUUGGAAAAAAAAGAUGCAGGUCAUGGUGAGGGAAAUGGUGAUGGAGAGCCAGAGCAAGAGAGAGAGGGAACGUUUGCGCUGCAUCAACGACGUGGUGCGAUCAAACAGGCCAAAGUCCACCUGGUGAAGUGUCAUGAGUUCACUGCUACAUUUUUCCCCCAACCCACCUUCUGCUCGGUCUGCAAGGAGUUUGUCUGGGGUCUGAAUAAGCAGGGAUAUCAGUGCCGACAAUGCAAUGCUGCCAUCCAUAAGAAGUGCAUUGACAAAGUGAUUGCCAAAUGUACAGGCUCAGCCAUUAACAGCAAAGAAACAAUGAUCCAUAAAGAGCGUUUUAAGAUUGAUAUGCCUCACCGGUUUAAGGUGUAUAACUAUAAGAGUCCGACCUUCUGUGAGCAUUGUGGCACGCUGCUUUGGGGAUUGGCACGUCAGGGCCUCAAAUGUGAAGAAUGUGGCAUGAAUGUCCAUCACAAAUGUCAAAAGAAAGUAGCAAACCUCUGUGGUGUCAACCAGAAGCUCAUGGCCGAGGCUCUGGCUAUGAUUGAGAGCACUCAGCAGGCCCGGAGCUCCAGAGAUAAUGAUAUAAUCGGACGUGAGGGACCGGUAGGUGUAGGACAGGCUGGAGUGGCCAGAGAGCCCUCGGGCUAUGUGUCAUCCAUACCAACACAGGCUUUAACCCCUACUCCAGCACCGCCACUACCACGCAAAGAGCAGCAGGGUGUAGCCUGGGAUUCACCGUUAGAGGGCGACAGUCUCAGUCGUAAUCUCAGUGAAUAUUCAGAGCCACUGUAUGCUGUCCCACACAAAGAGCACCACAAAUUCACCCUGGAUGACUUUACCCUGCACAAGAUGCUGGGAAAGGGCAGCUUUGGCAAGGUGUUUCUUGCUGAGCUGAAAACCACAGGGAAGUUCUUUGCAGUGAAGGCUCUAAAGAAAGAUGUUGUUCUGAUGGACGAUGAUGUGGAGUGCACUAUGGUCGAGAGGAGAGUUCUGUCUCUUGCCUGGGAACAUCCCUUCCUCACACACCUCUACUGCACGUUUCAGACCAAGGAGAAUCUGUUCUUCGUGAUGGAGUAUCUAAAUGGAGGAGAUUUAAUGUUCCACAUCCAGGCUUGCCACAGAUUUGAUCUCCCGCGCUCCACGUUCUACGCUGCUGAGAUCAUCUGUGGUCUGCAGUUUCUACAUUUAAAAGGCAUUGUGUACAGGGAUCUGAAGUUGGAUAAUAUUCUGCUAGAUAUCGAUGGUCACAUUAAGAUUGCUGACUUUGGGAUGUGUAAGGAGAACAUGCUGGGAGAAGCUCGAACAUCCACCUUCUGUGGAACUCCAGAUUACAUUGCCCCUGAGAUUUUGCUUGGGCAGAAAUAUGGCACCUCAGUGGACUGGUGGUCAUUUGGAGUCCUUCUGUAUGAGAUGCUGAUCGGUCAGUCACCGUUCCAUGGGCAUGACGAGGAGGAACUGUUCCAGUCCAUCCGCACAGAUGACCCUUGUUACCCACGCUGGCUGACCAGAGAUGCACGAGACAUUCUCAUUAAGCUCUUUGUGCGGGAGCCGGAGCGGAGACUAGGUGUGAAGGGGAAUAUUCGACAACAUCUUUUCUUCAGAGACACUGACUGGAGUGCACUGGAAAAGCGGCAGGUGGAGCCACCAUUCAGACCCACUGUGAAAUCACCAAGUGAUUGCAGUAACUUUGAUAAGGAGUUCAUUAAUGAGAAGCCUCGGCUGUCCUGUGCUGAUAGGACCCUAAUCAACAGCGUGGACCAGACUAUGUUCAAGAAUUUCUCCUUUAUUAACCCAGGAAUGGCUCGCCUUAAGAACCCCUGAAACUCUCUCUCUCUCUCUCUCUCUCUCUCUCUCUCUCUCUUUAUAUCACACACACACACACACACACACACACACACACACACACACAUUACAGAAUCUCUACGCAUAUGGAAGACAAUCUCAUUUCAUGAAGAAAAUCAGUAAAGGGAGUACGGUACUAUAGUGGCAUUAUGUAUAUCAUACUAAAAGAAGUCAGCUGAUGUAGGUUGCCCAAACCAUUCCACAUACUUGCACUAAUACAGUGCUGUGAAAUGAAUUUGCCCCAUCCUGAUUUUUUCUGUUUUUGUGUAUAUUGUCAUACUAAAUUAAUACAGAAAUUAAAACAAAAUCUAAGAAAAAAACAAAGGCAACCUGAAGAAACACACAAUAGAAUUUUUAAAUUAUAUUCAUUGAAGCAAAAAAAAAGUUAUCCAAUAUCAACUGGGCUUGUGUGAAAAUGUAUUUGCCCUCGUAGAUACUAAUUCCCUAAAUCUAUGAAACUGCAUUCAUAAUGGGGUUCAGCUGGAAUAGAUGCAACCUGGCCUGAUUACUGCAAACCCUGUUCAAUCACAUCAACACUUAAAUAGAAAUUUUUCAACAGCAUUAAGUUGGUUAAAAGGUCUUACCCAGUAACACACUAUGCGAAAUUUGAAAAAAAAUAAUAAUAAAAAAAAUCCAGAAAUGAUGAGGAAGAAGGUGAUUGAAAUACAUCAGUGUGAGAAGGGCUACAAAGCUAUUUCAAAGGCUCUGGGACACCAAAGAACCACAGUGAGAGCCGUUAUCUCCAAAUAUGACUGUGGACUGAUGAGUCGAAAGUGGUGCUGUUUGGAAGACAGGGGUCCCGUUACAUCUGGCGUAAACCAAACACUGAAUUCCACAAAAAGAACAUCAUACCUGUGGUCAAGCAUGGUGGUGGAAGUGUGAUGGUGUGGGGAUGCUUUGCUGCUUCAGGGCCUGGGCAACUUGCAAUAAUUGAGGGAAACAUGAAUCCCGAAAGAAAAUCCAGAAAAUCCUAAAAGAGAAUAAUGUCUGGUCUUCAGUCCGUAAGUUGAAAGUCAAGUGCAACUGGAUUAUGCAACAAGACAGUGAUCCAAAGCACAGGAGUAAAUCCACCUCUGAAUGGCACAAAAAAUGCAAAAUGAAAGUUUUGGAGUGGCCUAGUCAAAAUCCUGAUUUGAACCAAUUGAGAUGCUGUGGCAGAACCUUAAAUGGACAGUUCAUGCUCGAAAAAUCUCCAGUGUGACUGAACUAAAGCAGUUCUGCAGAGAAGAGUGAGCCAAAAUUCCACCACAGCGCUGUGAAAGACUGAUCUCCAGCUAUUGGAAGUGUUUGGGUGCAGUUAUUGCUGCUAAUGGUGGCAUAGUUUAAGGGGGUGAUUAGUUUUUCUUGUGGGUGAUAGGUAUUGAAUAAAACAAAACAAAAAUAAAUAAAUAAAAGCUGUAUUGUGUGUUUACUCAGGUUACCUUUGUUUUAUGUUGUAUUUCGUUUGACGCUCUAAAACUAUUUAAUAUGAAAUAUAAUGUACAUGAAAACAGAAGAAAUCAGGAAAUCAGCAAAUACUUUUUCACAGCACUGUAAAAAUAAGAAAUUUGUAUGCACAUGUGGAUUUUAGAAUUAGGUUCAGCUGUAAGGGUUGUGCACUGACAUGUAAAGGUACAGCUGAGGAUGCCUGUCUGUGUGUGAGAAAGGUUUUUAUUGUGUUUUUAAUUGCAGAGCCCAUGUGAUUAAUUGCUAUUGUUGCUUGGCAAUUAUUUGUUGUAAAUGUUGUUUUUAAUUGGAGUUAAUGAAGUCUUGAUAUUGGUGAAAUUUUGUGACACAUCAAUGUUGCAGUGUUCAGUGUAUUUUAACAGCCUGUAAAGAAUAUAGUCUACACAUGAAAGCCAAAAUCCAUGAAUGUAUAUGAAUAUAUAUGGAUGUAUCGAUUUA